AUGCCCAUCUGUCUUCCCACCUUAAACCAGAACUUUGAUGGACAGAUCUGCACCGCCAGUGGAUGGGGACUUACCAAAGACAGGUCCCAAGGGGGAAGCACCGCGAAUCCCGAUCUGCUGAAAGUAGAUUUGCCCAUCGUGUCAUACGAUGAAUGUAGCAGGGACUACAGAGGCAUUAACCAAGUCGACAGAAACACAAUGAUUUGCGCGGGACUCAAAGAAGGCGGAAAAGCGACCUGCCAGGGCGAUUCCGGAGGACCCCUUCAAUGUGCCAGGCGUGACGGCCGCUACGUGCUGGCCGGAUUGACAUCAUGGGGGACAACAUGUGCCGCCCCAAAUCAGCCGUCAGUCUUCGCGAGGGUCUCAACUCGGUUGUUCUGGAUUUGGCUAAAUGCUGGAGCGACUCCGUAA